AUGUUCCGUCCCUAUUGCGAGCAUGUUACACAAGACCAGUCGCCAUUCUCAUGGAUUUCGCGCAUUGUCUUCUUCGUUCCACACCCUGAAUGGUUUCGACGAAUGAAAACCCACAUCGCGGGAAAGACGGACGAGGAGAUCUCCCCAGCACUGCGACUAUGCGGCCUCCAAGAGCGCUUACUCGAUCUGGCCAAUUACCUGGUCUCUAAGACUGUCACUGCCCCGGCCAUGCUUACUUCUGCCGACUGGUUUACCUCUCAUCGUACUGGCAUAUUCCUGGCAUAUUCUGCCUUUCACGGUCAUGGUCGCAAUGACAUCCUCUCAAGAGCUCUUCGAACGCCACAUAUUACUCCAACAGCUCUCUCCGCGUGGCUAGCGAAGAAGCCUCCCGGACUAGACGUUAAGGCUAUCUUAUCUAUUUCUUGCGCCGCCCUCAUACCUGUUGCGCCAAUGGCUGGAAUGAUGGAUGUCCAAACUCAGCUACACUUCGACUAUUGGCAGCAAAGCUUCUAG